GUUUUACUGGCCUUUUCUAAAUCUCUUUUUCUUUCAAGCUUCAUCUUAGCGGUGGAUUCGUGUAUAGACUACAAGGUUUAUUGAUUUGAACGGCAAAUUUAACGGCCAGGACGCAAAACGAGGAAGAGAAACGGGCGAAGCUCACGACUGAGAAGAGGAUUUUCUUUUGUGAAACCCACACGGCAAAUUCCAACAUUCCGAUCAAUCAACCAACAGAGAAGACAAAGUAGCCCGCAAGAAGAGAGAAAACAAGUACUCGAAAACUAUGCCCUGGUUCACCACAUUCCGCACACGCAUAACCGCCUUGUCGCCUAGUAAGAAAGCGCGGACAAAGAAUACCAAUCGUGUUGCUCUUAAACCUCCACUUGACCCCCUAGUCCUGCCUCCUCCCCUCCUCAGCCUCACACCCCCAUCACCGCUUCCCCUCCCCCCACCAACACCAACGCUCCAACCAACGACCGCGCUCCCGCCUCCCACGCCGCUGCAACGCCCGCUGCUCACACACAUACCCACGGACAUCAUUCUCGCGACGGAAAAGGGAAUGAUAUCAGGGGCGCUCUGCUGCACGAGUCCCGUUGCACAGGGUACGGCGACAUCGUCUUCGGCAGUGGCGAGUGUAGAGUUGGAAUCAGAGGGCGAAGAUGACAGAGGCCGUGAUGGGGAGGCAUGUGGCGUGCAUGGAGUUCUAACGAGGGGCGAGGAGGCGUGUGUAGGGGUCAGGGGAGGAAGUUGUCAGGGGAGAGGGAGGGAAAGAGAGAGACGUGUGUUGUUUAAGGGUGUGGAUGUUUGAACUUGAUAUACCAGUUCGGGAAAAUAAAGGAGUCUAAGGUGGUGUUUUCCAGAACAUUACAGUUGUGCUGAGGAGUUUGUAAAAGCAUGAUAUAAUAUCUACUGUUGUAAUGUGAAAAGGGACGUAAAGAAAUCGCGUUAUUCAGUUUAUAGACGGC